UGGGCAAAGUCAAGUACGCCGCUUUAUCGGCUGAGAACCAACGGUCUUACGGUAGCACCAUUCGCCGUGUAUCAGGAGUACGUGCUCGACCGAACUCGACGCUUCAAAUUCUCCUGCACAACUAUGCAAAGUUUACGCUCGUCAUUACUCAUUUGUGUUAUCGUUGCCAUGCCGAUCACAGUGACGUUUGUGAUUAAACAUGUUCCGUUCCAUGACUUGGCCAAGUAUACUUUGAUUGUUGUCACGGCAGUGAUGGAGCUGGUCUGUCUUCGGCUGCUGGGAGUGACGUUUGACUCGAUAUGCCACCGUGCAAUGGUGGCCGCCGUCACCAUCCUUGGACCACAUCCAUCGAGCAUCCAGCCACCAGAAGACACUACGGCUGAAGCAACGUCGCUGCCACCAUCAAUGCCACCAGCUGCUGCUACAUUGGACGAAAUGGACAAAUUACAGCAGCAGCAGCAUGAGCACGAACCCUGUUCAUCACCAGGCACAGUGUUACUGCUCCGUCGUACACCCUCACCAUCAAUAGAGGAUCAUCAAAACUCCACUUACGCAGUGUCAGCAGCAGCAAACUUGCCUGCUAGCCCGCCGUAUCCUCAGUCCAGCAUACAACAAUGCUCUAGUAGCAGCGACCUGAUUCCAUCCAGCCGCUCACAAUCUGUUUUAUUCGCCGUACGACCUCUGGCAUGAUGCGUGCGCGCACACAAACACACACACACACACACUUCUUGUGUAUGUGUGUGUUCAUUGCCACGUGGUCUUUCCACGAGCAAUCAAGCUGCAGUGAUGACAAGAACAUUUGAUGCGUUGUGUUGCUAGCAUGUCGAGUGUACUCUGCGUGCAACGCCUGUGGGCUCUUUUAUUUCAUUUUACGUCUUUGAAGAACAGUGUGCGCGCGCGUGCGCGUGCGUGCGUACGUGUGUGUGUGUGUGUGUAUGUUCUCAAGUGCUGUUUAUAGUAUGUGCGCGCGUGUGUGUGUAUGUGUGUGUGUGUGUGUGUGUGUGUAUGUGUGUGUGUAUGUGUGUGUGUGUGUGUGUGUGUGUGUGUGUGUGUGUGUGUGUGUGUAUGUUCUCAAGUGCUGUUUAUAGUAUAUGUGUGUGUGUGUGUUGUGUUCUUAUGAAUAUGUGUUAGUAUUCCUGACCUAUUGUAAGCAAGUAAGCUCAUCAUUACUACAAGACUAAUAGUAUUACUAGCAGCAGACAUGACGUCAUUCUCCUGUUUACAUACCUCUAAUAUCUGUAUCUACAGCUGCAGCAGCAGUGGGUACCAUGGCAACACAGUACACACUUUAUCUCCCUCCCAUGUUCAGUUUUACUGCUCUGCACACACCAUCGUGGUGUGGUUGGCGUGUGUUGUGUGUUUUUGUUCUCAGCAUCUUCAGCAUAGUACACGUAGUGAAUCAUGUACCAGGUUACUUUCCAUCGCCUGCUGCCUCCGCCGCUGUAUACGUAUCAUUUUUAUUGAGAUGACGUGAGUUUACCGUGAUCAGUGAUUUCCCCGUCACCCCGGCUUGCCUGCUGUCAUACUGAAAGCUUUCCAAUCUAUUGAAUCUAUCCUUUUUGUUCUUGCCUGCAACAGCAAUCAACACUCUACCAUCUAUUUACUGUUGUUUUGUACGUCGCUGCACGUUUGAG